AGUCACAGAAUCAUGGCUAGUUUAGUUGGAACAGAUGAGAUAGAGUCAAUAAGAAAUGAGUUGUCAGAAGUGGGAAGAAGCUUGAGAUUCUCAUUGCGGCGUCUCAGCUCCAGUUUCAGGAGUUCAGUCUUGAGUACUGGAAGGGAUGGUAAUCUUGAUGAAGAAACUGCAUUGCAAUGGGCUGCUAUUGAGAGACUGCCUACUUUUGAACGGCUCAGAUCAUCUUUGUUUGAUGAGCCUGAUGGCAAUGAAGCUGAAGAUAAAAGAAAACGAGUGAUUGAUGUUACCAAACUCAGUGCUCCAGAAAGGCAUGUGUUCGUUGAGAGGCUGAUUAAACACAUUGAGCAUGACAACCUUCAAUUGCUUCAGAAAAUGAGAAAAAGAAUGAACAAAGUUGGUUUAGAAUUUCCAUCAGUGGAAGUAAGAUAUGAUGAUCUUCAUGUAGAAGCUGAUUGUGAAGUUGUUGAAGGGAAGCCUCUUCCAACUCUUUGGAAUUCCUUUAAAAGUAGUCUUCCAGACAUUACAAGGCUUCUAGGUGUUAAAUCACUAGUAUCAAAGAUCAGCAUCAUUGAUGGUGUUAGCGGUAUCAUUAAGCCUGGAAGAAUGACUCUCCUGCUUGGUCCUCCAGGAUGUGGGAAGACCACUCUAUUAAAAGCGCUUUCUGGAAAUCUUAACCAAUCACUCAAGGUUACUGGGGACAUUUCAUACAAUGGAUACAAAUUAACAGAAUUUGUGCCUCAAAAAACUUCUGCUUAUAUAAGCCAGUAUGACCUGCAUAAUGGUGAAAUGACCUUAAGGGAAACACUUGAUUUCUCAUUGCGCUGUCAAGGUGUUGGAAGCAGAGCAGAGAUAAUGACUGAGCUUAGUCGAAGGGAGAAAGAGGCUGGAAUUCUUCCUGAUCCAGAUAUUGAUACCUACAUGAAGGCAAGUUCUGUUGAAGGACAAAAGACAACACUUCGAACGGACUACAUUCUAAAAAUACUUGGGAUUGAUACUUGUGCUGACACACUGGUAGGAGAUCCAAUGAGGAGAGGUGUCUCUGGUGGUCAGAAAAAGAGAUUGACAACAGGGGAAAUGAUUGUUGGCCCUACAAGAGCUUUGUUCAUGGACGAAAUAUCAAAUGGAUUGGAUAGUUCAACCACCUAUCAGAUUGUUGCUUGCCUUCAGCAACUAGCACAUAUCCUAGAUGCUACCAUACUCAUUUCACUUCUUCAGCCUGCUCCAGAAACAUUUGAUCUGUUUGAUGACAUUAUCUUGAUGAGUGAAGGAAAGAUUGUCUAUCACGGACCUAGAAGCAGUGCUCUAGAAUUUUUUGAGAGUUGUGGAUUUAGGUGUCCUGAAAGAAAAGGAGUAGCAGACUUCCUACAGGAGGUUAUUUCAGGAAAGGAUCAAGCACAAUACUGGUUUACGACUGAAGAAACUUACAACUAUACCUCUGUUGAUGCAUUUUCAAGAAAAUUUAAACAAUCAUCUUAUGGGGAGAAGCUAAGAGAACAACUAUCUGCACCAUCAGUGAAGUCCAAGAGCCACAAGGAUGCUAUGACUUUUACUGCAUAUUCACUUCCUAAAUGGGAACUUUUGAGAGCAUGUAUGUCAAGAGAAUUCCUGCUGAUGAAAAGGAAUCGAUUCGUCUACAUUUUUAAAUCCGCUCAGAUUUCCAUUUCAGCAUCUAUCUCGAUGACUAUAUUUUUACGGACAAUGAUGAGCUUUGAUCUUCUUCAUGCAAACAAGUACAUGGGAGCUUUGUUCUUCGCGGGUGGCCUGCUUGUUGUUAAUGGACUUCCAGAAUUGUCAAUGACUGUUGGAAGGCUUGCAGUUUUCUACAAACAGAGAGAUUUACUCUUCUAUCCAGCUUGGGCUUAUGCAAUUCCAAGUGCCAUCCUGAAGGUUCCGCUCUCAUUGUUCGAAGCUGUAAUUUGGACAAGUUUGACUUAUUAUGUCAUUGGAUAUGAUCCUGAGAUAGGAAGGUUCUUCCGUCAUUUAAUUGUAUUAUUUGCUCUUCACGUGGCAUCAAUAUCCAUGUAUCGGUUUGUUGCAUCUGUAUGCCGAACUGUGGUUUCUGCCUCGAUGGUUGGUCUCUUGACACUGCUAUUCGUCUUCGCCUUCUGUGGCUUCAUAAUUCCAAGACCCUCCAUGCCAAAUUGGUUAAAGUGGGGCUUUUGGGUUUCUCCACUCUCAUACGGCGAGAUUGGACUCACUCUAAAUGAAUUUCUGUCCUCACGGUGGAAGAAGAUGCUUCCAACAAACACCAGUAUUGGACAAAAAACACUUGAUGCCCGAGGAUUGAACUUUGACGGAUACUUUUUCUGGAUUUCGGUUGGUGCUUUGUUUGGCUUCACUUUACUGUUCAAUCUCGGUUUCACUUUGGCCUUAACAUAUUUAAACCCUGUUGGUUCUCGUGCUAUCAUAUCUAGAGAGAAGUACUGGCAAGAACAGAGAACUAAGAAACUGGAUGUUAUAGAGCAUGCGGAGGAAAAAUCAUCAAAUCCUUCCCUUGCUACCACUACUGAAUCUCAAAAAGGAAAAAUGGUUUUACCUUUUGAGCCACUAACUGUGGUGUUCCAAGAUUUGCAGUACUAUGUUGAGACCCCUCUGGCCCUGAAAGAGCGAGGUUUCCCAGAGAAAAGGCUCCAACUUCUUUGUGAUAUUACAGGAACCCUCAGGCCUGGUGUUCUUACAGCACUUAUGGGAGCCAGUGGAGCUGGAAAAACAACCCUUCUUGAUGUACUUGCUGGUAGAAAAACUAGUGGGACUGUAGAAGGAGAAAUAAAGAUUGGAGGGUUUCCCAAAGUUCAAAAGACCUUUGCUCGAAUCUCGGGUUACUGUGAGCAAACUGACAUACAUUCCCCUCAAAUUACUGUAGAAGAAUCAGUCAUAUUUUCUGCUUGGUUAAGACUUCAUCCGCAGAUAGAUUCGGAAACUAAAAUUGAUUUUGUGAAAGAGGUCCUUGAGACCAUUGAACUUGAUGGGAUAAAAGAUGCUCUAGUGGGCAUUCCAGGCGUUAAUGGUUUGUCGACUGAGCAACGCAAGCGGCUCACAAUUGCUGUGGAAUUUGUUGCUAACCCAUCAAUUUUCUUCCUGGACGAGCCUACAACUGGAUUAGAUGCAAGAGCAGCUUCUAUUGUAAUGCGAGCUAUAAAGAAUGUGGCUAGUACGGGAAGAACAAUUGUUUGCACCAUCCACCAACCAGGCAUUGACAUAUUUGAAGCAUUUGAUGAGUUAAUUCUUCUAAAAUCUGGUGGACGUAUGAUCUACUGUGGACCAUUGGGUCAACACUCUAGUGAAGUCAUUCAAUACUUUGAGGGUAUCCCAGGUGUGCCCAAAAUAAGGAAUAAUUACAAUCCAGCAACAUGGAUGUUAGAGGUUACUUGUACGUCUUCCGAAGCUGAGCUUGGAGUAGAUUUUGCUGAGAUCUACAAGCGUUCUUCUUUGUACGAGAAUAACAAAGAACUUGCAAAUACCCUGAGUUCGCCACCUAUUGGGCAUGAAGCUUUGGAUUUUCCAACACAGUAUGCACAAAAUGGUUGGGGACAGUUCAAAACUUGUCUCUGGAAACAACAUUGGUCUUACUGGAGAAGUCCUUCUUACAACUUGAUGCGCUUCAUGUUCAUGAUUAUUACGUCUCUGAUUUUCGGGGCAUUGUUUUGGAAGCAAGGGAAAAAGAUAGAAAAUCAGCAAAACUUAUUCAAUAUACUCGGUUCCAUGUUUAUCGCAAUGUUCUUUUGUGGCGUGUACAAUUCGUCUUCAAUUUUGCCAUACGUCAGCACAGAGCGAACUGUUUUAUACAGGGAAAGAUUUGCAGGAAUGUAUGCUUCUUGGGCUUAUACACUCGCUCAGGUCAUUAUUGAGAUCCCUUAUGUCUUUAUCCAAGUAUUGGCAUUUACGGUAAUCACAUAUCCAAUGAUUGGGUAUUAUUGGUCAGCUUACAAGGUUUUUUGGUACAUCUACUCGAUGUUCUGUACCUUGCUGUUCUUCAAUUGUACCGGCAUGAUGAUCGUCUCAAUUACACCAAGCUUUCCAGUGGCUGCAGUUCUACAAUCAGCUUUUUACAAUAUCUAUUACCUUGUUGCCGGAUUUCUGAUUCCUCGGCCACAAAUUCCAAAGUGGUGGGUAUGGUUAUACUAUUUAGCUCCUACAUCUUGGACACUGAAUGGAAUGCUUACGUCCCAAUAUGGAGAUAUUGACAAGCCGAUUGAGGUGUUUGGAGAGCCUACAACAGUAUCCAAAUUUUUGAGGGACUACUUUGGAUUUCAUCAUGAUCAACUACCUAUGGUGGCUGUUAUCUUAAUUCUGUACCCAAUUGUUUUAGCUUGUCUGUUUUCAUAUUUUGUUUCAAAGUUAAACUUCCAAAAGAGAUGAUCAGCAAUGUAGAUUGUGGUUGUAGAUUGUGGUUUAAAAUUAUAUAUAUAUAUAUAUAUACAUAUAUAUGUAUAUAUGUAUAUGUAUAUAGAGGGUAGGAAUAAAGGUGAGAACACUAAUAUUGGUGAAUGAGGAAUGCCACUGUGGCCAUUAAGCAAAUUGUGCCCCACGCAUGCUCUGGUUAGCCUGUCUUUGCUCUUUUAGCAAGUUAGACAAAUUUUCUUUCUUCUUAUGGUUUAGUCUAACUUUUGCUAUAGUAAUAUAGUUUAUGAACUCCA